CAGUCGUUCAUCGGGGUGGUACAAGCAAUGUCCUCCAGCUUCGAUAAUACACAAUAACGUCAACUUAACAGCCUCUUUUUAAAAUAAAGUGGCUAAAAUGUACUGACAACUUAAUUUGAAACACUCAGUGCUUUUCUCUGUCUUCUAUAUAGUUCAACAUUCAAAGUGAGGCCGAGUUUAACACGAAGCUAACGCUGUUAGCUUUAGCUCCCGUUGGGGCUAACGAACGAGUUUUAACGGACCGAAAUAAACGUUUCCGAGAACGUCGGUGAAGAUGUCUAACGUCCAAAUACUGAGAUCUUUAGUGAACCAGAGACUGAAUGCUGCUGUUGAAGAGGUUUUUGAGCUGUUUGAGAGAACGAUAGCAGAGUACGAGGAGCAGCUUAGUCGAUCUAAGGAGGAAAACCUGCGACAGCAGAAACUCCUGGACUCUGUUUUAAACCCUGACAUCCAGCUAGAGAGAGCAGAUGCCAAGCAGCUGAGAGAAGAGGUUCUCCCUGAGCAGCAGGAGAGGAGCCUCGAUCUGAACCGGGAGAUUACAGAGCCAUCACUCAUUAAAGAGGAAAGUGAAGACCUAUGGAGAGGUCCAGAGAGAGAACAGCUCCAAGGAGCAAAGAAGGCUGAUAUCAACAUGUGCACAUUUACUCCUGUCACUGUGAAGAGUGAAGAUGAGGAGGACCCUCAGACCUCACAGCCUCAUAAAAACCCAAAUGAAGCGCUAACAGACACAGAGCUUUUGAAAACAGAAGCUGAUGGAGAGGACUGUGGAGGAUUAGAUGUAGACAGGGAUUUUAAUCCGGACAGUUACUUACAGCCAGUUACUCAUGAUGAGACGUCACAGCUUUCUGUAUCUGACGCUGAUGACACUGCUGAUUGGGAGGAAAGUGAUGAACCUCAGGAAGGUUUAAACCCUCUGCAAAAUGAGGAUGUAGCUGUAGGUGAUAUAACAAUCAACACUGGAAACGCAUCAGUCAGCUGCUCUGACUAUGCUUUGUGCUUUGGACAAAAGAAACAACAGAAGAAGCACCAUGUAGAGAAACCAUUCAGCUGCUCAAUUUGCGGUAAAAGAUACCCCGCUCAGAAUAAUUUAAAACAACACAUGCUGCGUCAUUCAGAAGAAAAACCAUUCAGCUGCUCAGUUUGUAACAGAAGUUUUAUCAAGAAAACAGAAUUGGUGACGCACAUGAGAUCCCACACAGGAGAAAAACCUUUCCAGUGCGGAGUUUGUGGUAAAAGAUUUGCAGUAAGUGGAACUCUAACAGCUCACUUUGUCAUCCACACAGGGGUAAAACCAUUCACUUGUUCUGUGUGUGGUAAAGGAUUUUCUCAGCGUGGAAGUCUAAAGCAACACUCAGCUCUCCACACAGGGGAGAAACCAUUUAGUUGUUCAUUUUGUAAGAAAGAUUUUUACUCUAGAGCAGAGACUGUGAGGCACAUGAGGGUCCACACGGGAGAAAAACCCUUCAGUUGCUCAGUUUGUGGUAAAAGUUUUGCUCAACGUGGAACUCUAAGACAACAUGCGGUUGUUCACAUCAGAGAAACCCAUCAGUUGCAGGAUUUAUCAUGAAAAAUUAAACCAGCUGUGUUGUUAAAAAAAAUGCAGGUUAAGAGCAACUAAACAUGAAUGAAACCUUCGAGUGCCCAUCAAAUGUCACCUUGAGUGCAUACAGGUAAAGUUUAGCCUGACUGACUUUUACCUGUACACAACUUGUUUGGAGAGUUUUAGGCUCUUUAUUUAACUUGUGUUAAAUUAUUCAUGUAUCAUAAUUAAACUGUUUAAGUUAUCAAAGACAGAGAUGGGACUAGAUGUUGGGAUUCUGAUUUGAGCUACACUUAAUUCUCUUGGGCUUGCACCUUAAAGUUUCCAGAAUUAACUUGGACUUCAGCUUUGGGACUCAUGCCAAAAUUGUCACAGUGGUUUGCUGCUUUGAUUCUAGUAUUAGGAGUUGACAGAUCCUGUAGUAGGUGGUACUGUUCACAGAAAAUUCUGAAACACUACAGAAGAUUGGUGAAUGUUGUGUUGCACUAUUAUUGAGAGCCUAGAUCGAGGAAGUAUGUGAAUAAUUAAAACCACCCACUUCAAAUCAGUGUUCACACAUUGUUCAUUAUCCUCCAGAUAGUCUAAAUUCAACAGUUGUAUGUUGUACUAGUCUGUCCUUAUUUUACAGUACGCUCUCCAGCCUUAGUUGGUUUGUAAUCUUAAAAGUUAAGACAAACAGAGGAGCUCACUGAUUAUGCCACAACACCGCCCACUUAUGACUGUGGAAAAUAGUAAACAGAAUGAAGGAGGAUUUUAUCUACAGAAAUGAAUUUUUAACAAGUUUUCUAAACCUGUUUGUUCUGGAAAGAGUUCUUUUUAAAGCAAUUAAGUGUGUAAAUACAGAUAUUUCAGUUUAUUUGUUAAAUGUGCUUCUGCUGAAAACAUCACUCACUGUUUGUCUGGACAAUUCUUCCACCUCCUUUAAGCAUGAUGCUUUUUGUGAUAUUUAAAGGUUUUUUAAGCAGAUUUGCAGUGUUUUUAGUCAGUUUUUGUUAUCGGUUGAAUAUUAAUUCACUGUACUGGUGUAACUGUUUCUGUUCACAUCUGCUUUGAGAGUCUAUUUUAGUAAAGUACUAAACAUUACGACUACCACAGCUACUGUGGCUUAAAACAACAGCUAAACUUAACAGUGACCAAAAUGCAAAACAAAAUCCAGUAAAUGUUUGGUGCCAAAAAGGUGAAACAGCACCUAAAGACAAGUUGAGAUUAGCAUACAUUAAUGUAUACCUAUUUUAGCCAUUUAUUUUAUUAUUUAUUUCAACCAUGAAAGACAUGGAUUUGUGAUAGGUGAGUCAAGCCUAUCUCAGAUGCUACAUGUUUGUUGCUCUAGUUUAUUUCUGUGUUUAUUUUUAAAAAUGGCGU